GCGGCUCGCGGCGGCGCUCGGUGCCCAUUGACAGCGGCGUCUGCAGCUCGCUUCAAGAUGGCCGCUUGGCUCACGUUCAUUUUCUGCUGAACGACUUUUAACUUUCAUUGUCUUUUCCGCCCGCUUCGAUCGCCUCUCGCCGGCUGCUUUUCCGGGAUCUUUGAUCAAGCAGAAAUGCAUCGAACAACUAGAAUCAAGAUCACUGAGUUAAAUCCCCACCUCAUGUGUGUGCUUUGUGGAGGGUAUUUCAUUGAUGCCACCACCAUAAUAGAAUGUCUACAUUCCUUUUGUAAAACAUGUAUUGUGCGCUACCUGGAGACCAGCAAGUAUUGUCCUAUCUGUGAUGUCCAGGUUCACAAAACCAGACCACUACUGAAUAUAAGGUCAGACAAAACUCUUCAAGAUAUUGUAUACAAAUUAGUUCCAGGACUUUUCAAAAAUGAAAUGAAGAGAAGAAGGGACUUUUAUGCAGCUCAUCCUUCAGCUGAUGCUGCCAAUGGCUCUAAUGAAGAUAGAGGAGAAGUUGCAGAUGAAGAUAAGAGGAUUAUAACUGAUGAUGAGAUAAUAAGCUUAUCAAUUGAAUUCUUUGACCAGAACAGGUUGGAUCGCAAGGUAAACAAAGACAAAUCUAAGGAAGAGGUGAAUGAUAAAAGAUACCUGCGAUGCCCAGCAGCAAUGACUGUGAUGCACUUAAGAAAGUUUCUCAGAAGUAAGAUGGACAUACCUAAUACCUUCCAGAUUGAUGUCAUGUAUGAAGAGGAGCCUUUGAAGGAUUACUACACACUAAUGGACAUUGCCUACAUUUACACUUGGAGAAGGAAUGGUCCACUUCCUUUGAAAUACAGAGUUCGGCCUACAUGUAAAAGAAUGAAGAUCAGUCACCAGAGAGAUGGACUGACAAAUGCUGGAGAACUGGAAAGUGACUCUGGGAGUGACAAGGCCAACAGCCCAGUGGGUGGUCUCCCCUCCACCUCUUCUUGUUUGCCGAGUCCCAGUACUCCAGUGCAGUCUCCUCAUCCUCAGUUUCCUCACAUUUCCAGUACCAUGAAUGGAACCAGCAACAUCCCCAGCGGUGGUAGCCACCAAUCUUCCUUUGCCAGUAGACCUCGAAAAUCAUCAAUAAAUGGGUCAUCAGCAACUUCAUCUGGUUGAUUCCUGAAGACUGUUGAAGAAAACAGUUUUAAACCCCUGACUUAGAGAUCUCCAUCCAGUACAGCUUUAUAGACUAUCGUCCAAUUUGCUUUCUUUUGUAGUAACAUUAAAUUUGGCUAUAAAGAUGGAAUAAAUGUGAUAUACAUGUGGACGUUAAUGGAACAGAAGGAUUCUUUCUAUAAAGAAUUGGAUUCUGAGAGGCAGGCAAGAAUUUUUUCUGUGUUAGGAAAGAUGUCAAAUGAUUUCUGUAACUAUUGUUUGGAUUUGGAAAUACUCUGCAGCAGGUAGAGGCAUUGGGCCAUAGUUUGUUACUCUCAACUAACCCUACAUCACAUUCUCCUUGAUUGUUCUUGUUAUGCUGUUUUGUGAACCUGUAGGAAACAAGUGCUUUUUAUCUUGAAAUACAACAAAUGGAAAGAAUAAGCAUAGAAUAAUGCAUUCUAUGUAGCCAUGUCACUGUGAAUAACAAUUUCUUGCAUAUUUAGCCAUUUUCUGUUUUGAUUUUUACUUCUCUGUUGCUACACAAAACUGAUCAAAGGAAAGUAAACCAGUUUUACAAUCUGUAUGCCUAAAAGCGGGUACUACCGUUUAUUUUACUGACUUGUUUAAAUGAUUCGCUUUUGUAAGAAUCAGGUGGCAUUAUGCUUGUUGUACAAUGCCAUAUUGGUAUAUGACAUAACAGGAAACAGUAUUGUAUGAUAUAUUUAUAAAUACUAUAAAACUAUUGUGUUUCAUGCAUUCAGAAAUGGUUGUUAAAAUUCUCCCAACUAGUUCGACCUUUGCAGAUACCCACACUAUACUCUAUGUUGAACUUUACCUACCAGCAUAGAAUCUUUUUUAGUGUGGAUAACUAAUUUCAAAUUCUUUUCCAUUUGGAAGCAAUUGACAGAUUACCAUAGUUCUGACUUUUCUCUGGUAACACAUGCUUACUUUUAAUGUUAUAGUAAAGAAAAGUUUUAACCAAGGUAAAUGGAAAUAGCAUUUUAAUUUUCCAUGGCUAUGAUGGAACUAAUGUGCUUAAUACAUAUUUAUCACUGGAAUUCUAAAAUAAAAUUUUAAAUAAACCAGCUAAUUGCUGGAAGAAGGCAUUUUAUCUAGUUAUUUUAGUAUGUGGUGUAAUAGUAAUUUCAAAUUUAGGAGUUGCUUUAACAGUUAACAGAAUAUGCCUUCUCUGUAAUGUCUGGAAGUAGAAGCAGUUUAUUAGGGGUUUCUACAGGUAUUUUUAAAUAGAACAAACAGGUUGAUUUUAAAAUAUGAACAACCCUGUCAAUUUUCAGUUUGUUUUGCUUUGGUCGAACUUGGUGUGUGUUCAUCACCCAUCAGUUAUUGUGAGGAUGUUUAUUCUAAAUGAAUAUUGUUUCAUGUUUGUUUGGGAAAAUGUAGCUAAACAUUUCACUGUCCCAGUCUGCAAAAAAAAAAAAGCACAAUUCUAUUGCUUUGUCUUGCUUGUAGUCAUUAAAUCAUUACUUUUACAUA